AUGCCGUUGCCAGUUCCUCCGCCGCCAUGCGCGGGCGACACGCUGUGCGAGGCGGCGGUGAAGGUGCUGCGCACGGCGGACCCCUGGAAGAAGGCGGACUACGGCGACCUCGCGGCGCAUCUCUGGGCCACCGGCGCCAUUCGCCACGCUUACGCAGAUCGCGCCACGCUUCGGGACGGGAGCUUGAGCAGCGGGAGCGCGGAAGCCCGAAGCGCCGGGUCACAGGGAGAUGCAGACGCGGGGGCAGCGGGUAGCGACGAGGAGCAAUGGCUUAGCGUGCCGGACCGCCCUGCCAGAGACGACACCGUGAGCACCGCGCACCCCGUCUGGUGCUCUCCUAGCAUUGCCCCCCCCCCCUCGCGUGUUUACCCACCCCUAGUCCCCUCCUGGCCCACCUGCUGCUUUUCCAACCCUAAGCCCAAAACCUGCUACUGUUCCGAGUUCUCUAACCCGGCGUCGCGCCGUGUGCGUUCCAUCCCCUGGCGGCAGGUGCGCGUGGUGGCGGCGCGCGACAUGCCGCGGCGCGGCAAGGGCGGGUCGCAGCAGAGCCGCGUGGCGCUGCUGCACAGCCUGGUGCACAUCGAGAGCUGGGCCGUCGACCUCGCGUGGGUGCGCGCUCGCCCAACGCCCGGGCAGGGGCUUGGGCCAAUCCCCCUUCCAUCCCUCCCCCUCGUCCCCCCUCUCGCCCCGUCUCGCCGCACCCCCCACGCCCGCGCGCAGGACAUCAUAGCGCGGUUCGGCAGCGCGCACAGCAUGCCGCGCGCGUUUUUUUCGGACUUCGUGCGCGUGGCGGAGGACGAGGCGCGCCACUUCCGCCUGCUGGCGGCGCGACUGCAGGCGCUGGGGUCGCGGUACGGCGCGCUGCCCGCGCACGACGGGCUGUGGGAGUCCGCCGCCGCCACCGCGGGCGACCUCAAGGCGCGCCUCGCCAUCGAACACUGCGUGCACGAGGUGGGGGGAGGGGGGGGGGGGGGGGGCAGGGCAGGGGGGGCACGCGGGGGCAGACAGGGGCAGGGGGGUGGGGCCAGCCCCCUCCCCCACUCGCACGGGCUGCGUCAACAGUACUCACACUCCUCCCUCCCCUCUCUGCUUCGUGCUCCCCUGCUUUCCACCCACCAUCCACCCAUACCCCUUGCCCCUGCUCCCGCCUGGCAGGCGCGGGGGCUGGACGUGGUGCCGCAGACGAUAGAGCGGUUCAGGGCGGGCGGGGACAGCGAGACAGCAGAGCUGCUGGAGCAGGUGGUGUACCCCGAGGAGGUCACUCACUGCGCUGCUGGUGCUCGCUGGUUCUGCUUCCUCUGCCUGCGCGACCUGCGCGCGCGACAGGGAGGGGAGGGAGGACGUGAAGAAGAAGCAGCAGGUGGGGGGGGAGGAGGUGAAGGGGGGACGUUGCGAGGGGAGGCAUUGGGGAGUGAGACGGCAGCAGUGGGAAGGAGCGAGAGCGAGGAUGGUGAUGGGGAUGGGAAGGACGAGGUAAAGGCUGAGAGGCCUGGCAAGGCAGGGAAUGAGGGUGUAGGUGGUGCAGCGGAGCAGGGUAUGGGUGAGGAGGAGGUGAGUGCAGAGGAGCAUGCGGCAAUAGUGGCGGGGUUCCAUGGCAUUGUGCGGCAGCACUUCCGUGGCAAGCUCAAGCCGCCCUUCAACCACGAGGCACGCGCGAAAGCUGGGCUCACUCGCGACUGGUAUGAGCCCCUUGCGGAGUGA